CCACGGAUUAGCGGAGGUUGUUCUGGCUGCGCAAAAGGUGUACAAACUAGAGCGGGAGUUGGAGGAGAUCGUCGCCUUCACAGACAAGACGAGUGGCACACGCGGAUGGCAGGGCAGACAGACGCAGGUGGACACAGAGGCCCAACUGGCCCACGCACGCGACGAGCUGGUGCGGGUCAGGGCUGUGAAUGCAGAGGUGUGUGUGGGUAGUGUCAAGUGA